CGCGUUGUGACCUCGACACGAACCAUCACCUCCGCCUGCCGUCACACACGCCUACCACGCGUCGCGCGCCAUGUCGCGUCUCACCGCCGCCCAGGUUAUCGCCCUCGGCGAGUACCUCGACGCCGACUUUGACCCCAGCACUCUCACCGUCGCCCAGCUGCUCGGCGUAUUUGGCUAUCACAACGUGAACUAUCCAUCGCAAUAUACCAAGCCGAAACUUGUCCAGUUGUUUAAAGACGAGAUCAAGGUCAAUGCGAACAAACUGCGAAGACAAAGAAUCAAGAAGGAGAAUAGCCAAGCUAGUGACGAUGGUAUAACCGAUGGUCUCACUGGGCUCCCGAUUAACGAGGGGAAGAAGCCCGUUACGAGAAAAUCUUCACGACGUUCAUCACGAGCACCUCCGCAACAGACUGAGGACCCCGAGCCUGCUCCUGCGAAGAGACGACGGUCAUCCGCCCAGCCUUCUCUUGGUGGCCCGUCCCGGCAGAACUCGAAGUCCACGAAACCAGCAGAGCCCGUCCUGGUCGAAGAAAGCGAGCCCGAAGAAGAAGCUGCUCCGCGCAAGGUGGGGAGAAGUAAGAAGAGUACCACAGAUGCGGGCAGUGAAACGCGCCGCGUAUCACAAGCCUUCCCGGAAGAAUCGGGCUGGGAGGAUAACAACAUAUUUCAGUCCGGGGCCGAGUCUUCCUCGCCAAUCCGUCCCCCGCCCCGACGCGCUCGUCGUACCAGUGCGUCGGCACGGCCUGCACCCAAAUCGCGCAAAUCCAUGUCCGCACCACCGAAGUAUGUCUCGGAGUCGCCUGAGAGGGGCACUGAGCCAGCUCAGCCUCCAAGAGCGAAGCCACCAUCUUCUAGCAAGCCACCGUCCUCGGCCAAACCACGCUCUAGUGUCAAGCCUCCCUCUAGUACUUUUGAACCUCAGCUCCCGCCGGACGUCAAGCGUGAGACACGCUCGGGCUCUCGAUCGAGGAUGGGGUCUGCUGCUCCGGAAGUCAAGCAGGAACGACUGUUCAUCGUUCCAUCGCAGGUGACUGAGGAAGACGAAUCGGACAUGGAAGAAAUGCAGCAGAUGGAAGCUCUUCGUCAGGACAUCGCGUCCCCCGUCGUCGAGGCAGAGCCCGCGGUGCCAGUAGUCAUGGACGGCUCACAAGAACCCGAGGGCGACAUUGUCUCAGAAUCCGAGGAGUAUGCCGACGGACAGGUCGCCGCAGUGUCCAAGCGAAUCUCGGAAGGUGGACAAGUCGUGCGGCACCAGCCAGAAAGCGAGCCUGAGGGGCACUCGCUCUUCACUCGUCUGAUCAUACUGUUGCUCCUCUUGUCAAGCUCUGGUAUGCUCUACGAUUACAAGCACGAGUCUUCUGGAAUUGGCUUCUGCACUGCUGGGACUGCAACGAAUGCCGUUGUCGAAGACAGGCGGGCACGGGCUGCAGCAGUCGAGCUGUGCCAGAGAGAGAACAGGACCACUCAGUACGUGUCUAACACGGACUCAGCCACGUCUCCCGUCCCCACUGGUACGGCCUCGGUGUCUGGCGAAGAUUCUCAACCUGCGAGAGAGAAUGCCGUAGAGACCUGCCCUCCUCCUACCUUCCUGCCCCUCUCACAUCCUGAGACGUGCACGCCUUGCCCCCGAUACGCGACAUGCACGCCCUCUUCGGUUACGUGCGAGAACGGCUAUGUUCUCCGUUCGCACCCGGUUCUAUAUUACGUGCCCGUACCCGAUUAUUCGCCCCCUACUCAGCUCUCCCAUACGACAUUUACGCGUCCCAGGAGCUUGUUCUCGACCGACGUGGACGUCCCGGAGUUGAUCUACUCUGCGGUCUCAACCCUGUUUGACGGCUUACCCGGGCUUGGUCCCGUUGCAUUCCCGCCGCGUUGCGUCGCAGAUCCUCGACGUAGGCGGCACAUCAAUGGAAUGGGGAAGAGUAUCGAGACGUUCCUCGCCGCGGAGAGGGGCAAGCGUCUCUGCUCUGGCGAGGGUGCUAGCCUACCCGAAGACACGGAGAUAGCGCAAGCCAAGAAAUGGGGUAGGGAGCUGGAGAAACUAAGGGACGAAAGCAUGAAGAAGACGUCGCCCAAUUUGCUCCCGCUGUUCAACGACACAUUCAACGAAGCUAUCACCCAGCUAGUCGAUUGGGGAGUCAUCUUCAUGGCUGAGGACAAAGAUGGCACCCGAUACAUCGCUUCCAAGAACCCCUCGUUAGAUGUAUGGUGCACCCUGACCGUAAAGACGCGUGAGGCCUGGACCCAAUGGAGGGCCUCCGUCAUUGGAAGCGCCCUCUUAAUCCUGAGUGCCUUGGUUCUUAAACGCCGAAGGGCCCAGAACGCGGCAGAGAACGAGCGCGUAGCGGGUCUGGUGCAAAUCGCCCUGGACCUUCUCCGGAACCAAGAACUAGCGCAUCACACGGACCCCGUCACCGCGCCACGGCCCUACCUGUCGUCGCUCCAGCUGCGUGACCUCGUUUUGCAGGACGAGCAUUCGGUGAGCGCCCGCACGCGACUCUGGGAGCGCGUCGAGCGCGUCGUCGAGGGUAACGCCAACGUUCGGACCAACCUCGAGGAAGUCGAAGGAGGUGACGAACAGCGUGUCUGGCAAUGGGUUGGGAGUACAGGAAAGCUUGGUGCUCCCUCAGGUGCAGGCAGGCAGAUAGCAGCGGCUGAGAGUGCGCCUUGAUUGGGCGUCGUUGCCAUAUGCGUACGUGCGCUGUUUUCGCCUUUCACUUCUGGCUGGUCCCCUUCCCCCCUGCUGCCUACUGAACUAUGUAUUCGUUGACUUAUGUUCUUCCAUUCCUGACUUCUGCUGUCGUCUUCCGUCAUGUCCAUGUGCUGCUCUGCUGUCGGAUCCUCCGCUGUGGAAUUGGGGUCCUCCCCUACUACCUAUGUUCUGUCA